CCAGAGCCUGCUGACACACAUCGACAAACACCAUCUUUUUAUUCUGAGCUGGACUGAUUCAUAAGGAAGAUGAGUCUGGAACUUUUCAACUGGGUUCAUCUGUCGCUGCAGGAGUCUGAGAGAAACGCUGAGCCUGACGGGAACUACAGCAUCAAGCCAAAGGAGGAUCUGCACUCAGACUUCAGCUCCAGCAUCAUCAGCAGCUUCACUCACGAGCGCACGGAGACUCUGUGUAGCCACUUAUAUACAGGCUCGUCUCCCUACAGCUCAUUAAACAACAUCGUCAAGGGCCUGAGUUUACUGACGGACAGCUUUUCUGACCUCUCUCUGACCUCUGAACCCAGAAAGCCCUGCAAGAAGCCUCCACCCAACUAUCUGUGCCACCUGUGCUUCAAUAAAGGCCACUACAUCAAAGACUGUCCGCAGGCUCGUCCUAAAGGAGAGGGUCUGACGCCGUAUCAGGGGAAGAAGAGGUGUUUUGGUGAGUACAAGUGUCCCAAGUGCAAGAGGAAGUGGAUGAGUGGAAACUCUUGGGCGAACAUGGGUCAGGAGUGCAUCAAGUGCCACAUCAAUGUCUAUCCUCACAAACAGCGUCCUCUGGAGAAACCCGACGGUUUGGACGUAUCGGACCAGAGCAAAGAACAUCCUCAGCAUCUGUGUGAGAAGUGUAAGGUGCUCGGAUCCUACUGCCGUCGCAUCCAGUGACCUCUGACCCCCGUCACGCCAGCUGAUUCCUCACUGAUUGAAUAUGAGUUUGCAGGUUGAUAACCACAGAAAAUGACUUUUUGAAUAAUGCAUUUGAGGUUGUUAACGUAAACGGCGCACCACAAACAAAUAUUAUCUCAAUUAUUUUGAAAUUGUUCUCUGUGGUAAUUAUCAUUAAGUCACAACUCACUGCUGAUGUCUUCUGAAACCUUUAAAUAUAGAAAUUAAAUUUAAACUGACCCUAAUUUUAACACCUUUUAAUACACCAUUCAGAUUUGCUUAAUGGUGCAAGUACUAAUAUUUGAUAUCAGGCAAUAAUUUAUCGGCAGGACUUCAUUCCUGUUCUUCAGAACCUGUAAAUACUGGAGAUUUAAUGAUAUUCAAAGAUCGGAUGUUAAUCAUUACGUUAGAGAUCGACACAGAAUUCACUAAUAGUCAGAUUUCCCUCCAAAACGAUGUCACUUCCUGUAGGGUGAUGUCAUGAAGGAAGUGGAAUUUGUUGUGAAGCUGAAGUGAUUUUGGAAAAGACUUACAGGAUGGAAAGUAAAGUGAUGAUGACUUAAAAUAAUGUUGUUUUUAAAACAUUUUGAUAAGA